CAGCGGCGCGGGGACUUCCGGGACUCGGACGGGGGCCGACUGGACCAUGGCGGUGAAUCUGAGCCGGAACGGGCCGGCGCUGCAGGAAGCCUACGGACGGGUGGUCGCUGAGAAGUCCCCGACCGACUGGGCUCUUUUUACUUAUGAAGGCAACAGCAAUGACAUCCGUGUGGCUGGCACCGGGGAGGGGGGCCUGGAGGAGCUGGUGGAGGAGCUCAACAGCGGGAAGGUGAUGUACGCCUUCUGUAGAGUGAAGGACCCCAACUCUGGCUUGCCCAAGUUUGUCCUCAUCAACUGGACAGGCGAGGGCGUGAACGACGUGCGGAAGGGGGCGUGCGCCAAUCACGUCAGCGCCAUGGCCAGCUUCCUGAAGGGAGCCCACGUGACCAUCAACGCCCGGGCGGAGGAGGACGUGGAGCCUGAGUCCAUCAUUCAGAAGGUGGCCAAGGCUUCGGGGGCAAACUACAGCUUCCACAAGGAGAGUAGCCGCUUCCAGGACACAGGACCCCAAGCCCCUGUGGGCUCUGUGUACCAGAAGACCAAUGCCAUGUCUGAGAUCAGGAUGGUUGGCAAAGACAGCUUCUGGGCCAAAGCAGAGAAGGAUGAGGAGAACCGCAGGCUGGAGGAGAAGCAGCGGGCAGAGGAGGAGCGUCAGCGGCUGGAGGAGGAACGCCAGGAGCGGGAGCGGCGUGAGGCUGCCCGCCGCGAGCAGUGCUAUCAGGAGCAGGACCACGAGUCCAGCCUCCGGAGGAAGCCUGAACAGCAGCAAGAAGUAGUUUCAGGGACAGGGGCGGACCAGCAGUCGGCCUGUCAGCAGCCCAUGCACCCACGGGACAUCUUCAGGCAGAAGGAGAGGGCCAUGUCCACCACCUCCAUCCCCAGCCCCCAGCCAGGCAGACUGAGGAGCCCCUUCCUGCAGAAGCAGCUCACCCAGCCGGAGACCCCUGUCACCAGGGAGCCCGUUCCUGCCUCCUUGAGGCCCAGCACAGAUUUCCUCGAGGACCCAGAGCCCAUUGUCCCUCAGUCUCCAGUGCAGGUGGAAGGGGAGGCCGUCUGCAAGGAGCCCCUGGAGGAGGAGAAUCUCUACGAGGAGCCCCCACUGGUACAGCAAGAAGAUGCUGCUUCUGAGCACAGCAUCUGCUACAAGCAGGGGACAGGGCUGCUUGGGAAGGGACUUUGUGCCCGGGCCCUGUAUGACUACCAGGCAGCUGACGACACAGAGAUCUCCUUUGACCCCGAGAACCUCAUCACGGGAAUUGAGGUGAUCGAUGAGGGCUGGUGGCGCGGCUACGGGCCAGACGGCCACUUCGGCAUGUUUCCUGCUAACUAUGUGGAGCUCAUCGAGUGAGGAUAGGCUGUGCCUGAGGCCCUGUCCUUCCCUCCUCACUGGGACACAGCCUUCGUAUUCUGGAGGAGGUGGCAUGAGAGCUGCGUGUCACUCUCCCAGGAACAAGACCCCCUGGAUGAGGAUGAGGCCUCAGGACCCCCACUUGCAGCAAUAACCUGGUGAUUCCCAAACAUGCUUCCAGCUGGACAUUGAGCCGUACCUGUGGCCAGUCCUCGGUGACCUCUGCCUGAGGAGAACCAUGGGAGGGGGCAUCAGAGGUCACCCCCACACCCCAGGCUGCUGCCUGCCUUUCCAUGCAGGGAGCUGACCAGGGGCAGCUGCCCUUUUUCCUUCUUGCUUCUAAGGGUGCGACUUUCAGGUGCAGUGAGCUUAGACAACUGUGCUUAGCAGCAUUUAUGACCAAAGUCAGACUGGACCUGGGUGACUUUGAGGGCAAGGAGAGGGUCUCUGGAGCUGGCUCAGUGGCCCUUAGCCUGGAGGGGGUGGGGGGUGGAGAGUGAAGGGAGGUAUAAGAGCGUCACAACCACAGCACAUGCCUCAGUGGGACCAGCUCUUCCUGUGUGCCAGCCAUGUGCGCCUCUCGGCCAACUCCAGCUGCUUCUUCAAAGUUCUUGUUUUAGGAAAAGUAACAAGAAAAUGGCUCAUGCCUGCUACUGCCUCCUGU